UCGGAUUACUUCUUUUUGUUCAUGCAUUUCUUGAACAGUAUUUUUUUUUUUUACUUUAAUAUUGCGUGUCAAGAAAAGGCAGCCGCUAGUUUAUAUUAUUUCCCAGCUGACCGCGAAGGCGGCAUUAUUCACAACGACAACCGCUUGCUCAGUUUCAGUAUCGCGCCGGUAAAUUCGCCUCCGACGCGGCCGCGAAAGAUGCUCCGGCUGCGGGACAAUUUUGACGGCUGCGAGGCUGUCCACGCGUGGCCCGAAUUAGCUGCGUGACUUUCUUCUCGCGUGGUGUGAAAUAGAAGCCUUCCGCUUUUACUCGUGUCACACGAUGAAGCUGGUGUGUUUAACCGAAUAAGAGCAAAAAAAAAAAAAAAAAAAGGAUUUUAAAUUUUUCUUUUUUUUUUUUUCUAAACAAAAAAGACAACAUGUUUGAGGUUUCUGGCAUCCCAUACAUCUUGUUGGACUUCACUUGCCUCACUCUCGUGGGCCUCCCCUUCUUGGUUCUGACUCCUCAGCACAGGCCGUUCAAGCGAGGCUUCUUCUGCAACGACGAGUCCAUCCGCUACCCUCUCCGAGAGGACACCAUUUCCUACCAGCUCCUCGGAGGGGUCAUGAUCCCCUUCACGCUCAUCGUCAUCAUGUGCGGCGAGUGCCUUUCGGUCUACUUGACCCACACGAAGAGCAAGACGCUCGGCCACAAGUACGCAGCUCGGGUGUACAAGGCCGCGGGCUGCUACCUGUUCGGCGCGGCGGCCAGCCAGUCUCUGACAGACAUCGCCAAGUACUCCGUCGGGCGACUGCGGCCGCACUUCCUGGCCGUGUGCGAGCCGCGGUGGGAUCGCAUCAACUGCGAAGCCGGCGGAUACGUGGAGAACUUCACCUGCACCGGCGACCCCUUCCUGGUGGACGAAGCCAGGCUGUCUUUCUAUUCUGGCCAUUCGUCAUUCUCCAUGUACUGCAUGUUGUUUCUUGUUCUGUACAUCCACGCCAGACUGAAGGCCAAGUGGGCCAGGCUCCUGCGGCCCACCGUGCAGUUCUUCCUGCUCGCCACCGCCGUCUACGUGGGCCUGUCCCGCGUCUCCGACUACAAGCACCAUUGGACCGACGUGCUCGCCGGCCUCCUGCAGGGCGGCGCCGUGGCCGUCUUCACUGUGUUCGGCGUGUCCAACUUCUUCCAGCAGCCCGUCGAGGCGGGCGUGUCCCAGGAAGAAGGCGGCCGGCACACCAGUUUACAGGAGAACCCACCCAAUUGCAACCACUACGGAAGUACUGACUGAAACCCCCCACGGCCCCUACCCCGCCCCCGUACACACACCAUCACUCUGGCUCGAGGAGGGACUGGAAAGGGUGCAGCACAGGUAACUUGACUGAGGUACAAAGAGUUUUUAAGCUCGAUGUGAGCUCGCCGCCCAGAGCGUGCUCUUCGUGGAUGCGCAACGUGCGUCACCCAGGACGGAAAUUCCAUUUGCUCCGGAUCUCACGUGUGCUAGCUGCAAACGGGCUCAGAAGGGGAAGGCCUGGCGGCACCAGCAAAAACCUCCGCUGUCAUACGUGCACCACUCAGAAAAAGUUAGGAACGCACAGUUUGCGAACAGCAAGAUGGGAUGCAAUGACAGAAGCACCCAACAACGGACCUUUCCGACCUGUCAAUCACUCGUAGAAUAGUAGCCAAUCAGAUAGCCGCAUUGUCUUAACCCCUGCCGCCAUGUUGUCCCUCACGCCUGCGACCCGUGUGAGGAUAAGCGGCUUAGAAAAUGGAUGGAUUGAUGGAUAACUUUCAUUCAAAUUUGUAUCGGAGAUACUUCAAAUCACGGGUGGGUCAGCUUUUCGGUUAAGUGCUCCAAAGACAAUGCUAAAUUGUAGGCCAAAGUAUGGUGAUUGUGUUUAUUGCUAUGUAUUGUCAGCAUUUCGUUGUUAAUUUAUACAUUUCUGCUUUUUAAUCACAAUUUCUGCAAGGUUUUAUGUGCUUUUAAGAAUGAAAGGGCCAAGUCAAAUGCUGUUGGGGGUCUGCGAAUGGCCCACGGGCUGUAGGGUGCCCACCCCUGAUACGAGUGGUACUGCUGAAAAUAAAAUCAUUUUGCUACUUU